AUGACGUCCUCAUUGCCCGGCAGUCGCGAGCUGCCUGCCUCCAAAUAUGACUUGACCACUUAUAUGGGCCGCGUACGGCACUCGAUGUCUAUAACGGAUCCGAGCACCCUGCUUGCUGGAGCCACCGGCCUUGACAAGGCCAAGAGGCUCGUCAUAGAAUACAAGACUGGGAAGCUGCAGCAAAUGACGCCAGAACUAUGGCAAGCGAAGAAGAUCAUCGACGCGACGCUCCACCCGGAUACCGGCGAGCCCAUUUUCUUGCCAUUCCGAAUGUCCUGCGUCGUUCUUACAAGCCUUGUCGUGACCUUGGGCAUGCUACAGCCCGGACUCGGAACCGCAGGGACUAUUGGUUGGCAAAUAGCUAACCAGUCCGUCAACGUCGCCAUCAAUAGCGCAAACGCCAAUAAGUCUUCGCCUAUGCCUACUGCUACGCUUGCCCAGUCGUACGCCAUUGCCGUUACCGCAUCAUGCUCCGUUGCCGUCGGCCUUGGCCGUUUGGUGCCAAGUCUUCGUGUCUCAGAUGGGGCCAGGAAUGUUCUUAAGCGCCUCGUCCCCUUUGCGGCAGUAGCAUCGGCCGGCGCGCUCAACUCUUACCUUAUGCGAAGAGGAGAGAUUGGGAGAGGCAUUGACAUCUAUCCGGCUCUUCCGAAGGACACGCUCGAAGAAGAUGGCAAAUCCGACCACGACGCGCCCGCUCUGGGGCGUAGUCAAUUAGCGGCCAAAAUUGCGGUGUAUGAAACGGCUGCCAGCCGCGUUUUCAACAGCACUCCCAUCAUGACUAUCCCGCCAAUGCUCCUCUACUAUAUCCAACAAAAGGGCGCCUGGUAUAAGCGUCUUAUGGCAAGAGAAUGGGUUGUGACGAGACCAAAAGUCGCUACGGUGAUCCCCAUCGGGGUUAACCUGGGCUUGAUCGCCGUGACGUCGUUCACCGCUCUACCCCUGGCGCUUGCCGUAUUUCCGCAGAAGCAGUACAUUGAGGCAGACAGUCUCGAAGAGGAGUUCCAUGGCAUGGGCGGCGUCGGUGGCAAAGUCUGGUUCAACCGCGGUUUGUAA